AUGGACAAGUCACCGUAUGCACGCUAUCUCCACACCAACUACUCCCCCUCGGCUUCAGAAAUCCUUGAUAUCAAGAACCUCCUAACAGAACCACUCGAACGUUUAUCUACCUUGGAUUCCGAAAUCGAGCGGCUGGAGUCGAUUAUCUGCGCCCUAUAUGACCAACGGUCCGCUCUGAGUGAGGAGAUCGAGGCUCAUCGAGCACUUAUCUCUCCUUUUCGUCGACUACCUCUCGAUAUUAUGGAGGAGAUCUUCACUCAUUGUCUUCCUACACAUCAUAACGCCGUCAUGAGCGUUAAAGAAGCUCCCCUCUUGCUGGGUCGUGUUUGUAGCGCAUGGAGAUCUAUCGCUCUGUUAACUCCACGGCUUUGGGCAAGCCUUCACAUCCCGACGCCUACACCAGACUCUAUUUCUGAUUCCGCAUCCGUCCGCAAGAUGGCGACACGCUGCGAGGCGGUGAGGGAUUGGAUCCUCCGUUGGGGGGAGAUUCCUCUCUCUAUUUCGCUCUACACUCCGGAUCCCCUUUAUUCUUUCAGCAGUCCGCCUGAUUCCCAGGAGGACAUGGAAGCUUUUAGGAGUGUGUCAAGGCAGAUCCUCCCUUUUAGCCGCCGAUGGAAGGCUGUUGACCUCAGGGCAAUGGAAGGCUCCUUUACACAUUUACAAGACAUCGUGGAGGGCGAUGUUCCGAUGCUGGAAUCCCUUUCCAUCGCUAGCAUACCUAUGAGAACUUUGGGACUGCAAGUUCUUUCCCAAAAUUCUAGGAGACCCUGGAAGAAAUCUUCGGGUAUCCUCUCAGCUCCAAAACUGCGAAGGCUUUCUUUAACGAGUCUCAGACAAAAUCUCCUUGACUUGCCAGUACGUUGGUCGCAGCUUACUCACCUCAAAUUGGACGAAGAGGGUUUGGCUCGGUCCUCAGACAGGCUCCUUAGGCACAUAUAUCAGUCACUGUGUCACGUACCAAACGUAGUAGCCGGACAUGACAAUGACUCGUAA